AGUUCUGCCGUAUGACGUUUUCUUCUGUCGCAAAUAACAACAGAUAACCACGCAUGCGUACGCGUUUCUAUGGUUACUUGGACGCGUUAGAGCCUUUCCGCAGUCUGUGGCAUCAACAUGCCACCCAAGAAAGUAAAGUCAUGCAAAAUGGGACGGAAGCUGACGAAGGCUCUGAAGGCAAAGCAGCAGCAAGAGGAGGAGAGGAGGUUGCGAGAGGAAGAAGAAGCACAGCUGCAAGCCGAGAAGGAGGAGCAGGACAGAUUGGAAAGAGAGCGAAAGGAAAGGGAGUUAGAAAGGCUUGAGUUAAAGGAUCAAGAGCGCAGAGAAGAUGAGCUGAACGAACUUCGCCAUCUACUGGAGGAGAAUCAUACUGCAGCGACUAAAUGGAAAACCAGUGCCGUGGAGAAAGCCAAGUGGGAGAGAUACAUGAAUUGCGAUGGUACCCCUGACCCCGCAGUACAGCAGGAUAUUAACACAUAUAUCAGCCUAUGGAGAGAUGACCCAGAGGUCAACAUCACAACCGUUCUCAAGCAAUGUAACCUCGCUCUACAGCUGAUUGAGGGGCUGGAAGGUCUGCUCAAAGAUGUUUCAGAUCCACAAGAGCACCAGAAGUACCAGGAGGCUCUCAUACAUUUGCAGGAGCUAAUCCACUCCAAACACCACCUCACCACAGAGGAGAUCCUCAAGAGGGCCAGUGCGAACAUCGACACUGAGACAGGCAACAUGCAGACUGUGGUCAAAGAUGAGAACAUUACACUGUGUCUCUGGGCUAACCUCAAGAAGAAUCCAAGGUUUAAAGGUUUUAACUUUGAAGAGGCCGGCCUGGCCUUUGAGCUUCCCAAACAGUUGGCUGUGAGCGAUAUCGCCGUACGGAUCCUCCACACACGUUAUGACCACCUGUCUUUGCUGGCGAGGAUGGCUCACCUGAGAAUACACACACCCAGCCACAGGUCUCUUGCAGGUGAUGAGGAGGUUCCAGCAGGCAUAGAUGUACCUCAGCAGGGGGAGUUAAAAGGAGAGGGGAAAGUGAAGGAAGGCAAUGAGGUGCAGUCCAUCCAAAGGACUGAAGGGAGGAAGAGUGCAGCCAGUCUACAGUCAAGGAGUAACAGUGCGCAGCCUGCAGAAGGCCGAGGGAGCCAGAUACAGACACAGAUGGCGGCACUUGAUGUUGAGGGGGAUUUGACUUCCCCACCAGUGCAGCUGACAGUGAAGGACAACGGUGCCCAGGUGGUGGACUUAUUGCAGUACACACCUCUGGGUGGGGUCCUAUACUAUGACGUGUUUUCCCUCCCACCACAAGCCCACCAGGUCAAUGGCUGGGAAAUUAGACAGAUUUCUAACAAAGGACUACAGGUGUUCCUUUACCCAAUGGGGAAGUCUAACAUCGAUGACAAUGAGGCUGCUACCUGCCCUCCUGUUGGUGUGUCUGUGACACUGCCCGACUCUGUUGUCUUCUUGGAAACUCCACAAGUUGCUCGCUGGGAUGCUGCAGGGAAGCAGUGGAGGAUGGACGGUAUCACUGACGUCUCUUAUGAGGAGGCAGAGGCCAAGAUCUCCUUCAAGAUGGAUUCCUUCCAGGCCUUUGUGCUGAUGCAAGAAACCUAUGCAAACCUUCCCUUCCAGAGCUGGGAGCUCAGGCCAUUGGGCCAAGACUCAGCUCUUUUCAACAUCAACGGGUCACUCAUCGACCUCAGUAUCAUGAUCCAGGGUAAUCAGGUGAUGUUGCAGUCAGAGCGAGAGAGAGGUCUCUCUCACCUCACAGGGAAGUGGAUGAGUGUCCCCGCCCUGCAGAGAGCCAUAGUUAACGCAGGGAUCAACAUCUUUGUAAAUGAAUACACGGACAAAUACGUCAGCACCUGUGGCAAGGACCCACUUACAGAAUACGCUGCCUACGAACAGAUGGCCCUCUUUGCUUCUGCCUGCGCGUUCUCGUGGAGCAAGUGGAAUGCCAAAUGUGGACCUGAGCAUCUGAUCAUGCAGGUGUGUGAGCACCACGGCCCUGCCCCUGUGCCUAAGGGCUCGUGGAGUCUCUACCUGCUGGGUGCUCAGAGGAGUCAGAAGUUGGAAAUCACAGAGGGGAGUGAGGCUUUCUCUCCAGACCAUUAUCCUGGCAGUGAGUUUCACUCCACCUUUAUCCACACGCUCCAGGAUAACAUGAGCAGUAACGGCAUAGCUCGGACUAGAGAAUCCAAUUAUCUGUUUGUCGAUACAGUACAGAGCCUGCUCUGUGCCACCAGACCCCUGAUGUAUUCAUAACCUGUGUGAAAUUAACUAUCAUUUUUUUAACUGAACAAAUUAAAGACAUUUGAAACAGA